ACGCGCGCGAGCAGCCGGAGGAAGGAGGUUCUGAGCGGGCGGCGAAUGCGAUAGGAGGAAGGGAGGGGAGGGCGAGAUGGGGUCCAAGACCAAGGGGUGCUGCGGGUGGCUGAUCGUGGCGCUGGUGCUGGCGCUGGUCGCCACGGCGGCGGUGGUGGCCAUCAUGAAGCGGAAGCCCGGAGGAGGCGGAGGGGGCCGGAGCCGGCCGCCCAAGCCGCUCCCCGUCCCCGGCCCGCCCGGGGACGUCGACUCCAAGUACGGCGACGCGCUCGGGGUCGCGCUCCAGUUCUUCCAGGUCCAGAAGGCGGGGAAGUUGGUGGACAACCAGAUCCCGUGGCGGGGGGACUCUGCGCUGACCGAUGGGAAGGAAGCCAAGCUGGAUCUCUCCAAGGGGCUGUACGAUGCCGGGGAUCAUAUGAAGUUCACCUUCCCCAUGGCCUUCACGGCGACGGUGCUCGCGUGGUCGGUGCUCGAGUACGGGGAUCAGAUGACCGCCGCCAAGCAGCUGGACCCAGCGCUUGAUGCGCUCCGGUGGGUCACCGAUUUCCUCAUCGCCGCACAUCCUUCGGACAACGUGUUCUACAUUCAGGUUGGUGAUCCUGAUCUAGAUCACGACUGCUGGCAAAGGCCAGAAACAAUGACUGAGAAAAGGCCGCUCACACAGAUUAACCCAAAGAACCCUGGGUCAGAUAUCGCUGCUGAGGCAGCAGCAGCCCUGGCGGCAGCAUCGAUGGUUUUCAAAUCCAGUGACACUACAUAUUCUGAUUCACUUCUUCAACAUGCCCAGAAGUUAUUUACUUUUGCUGAUACUUAUAAAGGCAUCGCCAGCGACACCUAUCCAAAGCUUCAGAAGUACUAUAAUUCUACUGGUUAUGUCGAUGAGCUCCUCUGGGCAGCAAGUUGGCUCUAUCAUGCCACAGGAGAUCAGACAUAUCUCAGUUAUGUGACUGUACAGAACGGGAAAGAUUAUGCUGAUUGGGGAAGGCCCACAUGGUUCAGCUGGGAUGACAAGCUCCCAGGGACACAGAUCCUUUUGUCCAGAGUUAAUUUCUUUGGAUCCAAAGAGAUAUCUAAUGCUGAAAACAGUGGACUCAAAAUGUACAGAGACACUGCUGAGGCCGUCAUUUGUGGGCUUCUACCAGAUUCUCCAUCAGCCACUGGUAGCAGGACUAGCGGAGGGCUGGUAUGGAUAAGUGGGUGGAAUUCUCUGCAGCAUGGCAUAAAUGCAGCAUUCCUUGCUGUUGUUUACAGCGACUACAUGCUGACAUCACAAACAGCCGCAGUGGAGUGCAGUGGAAAGUAUUUUAGCCCGACAGAUAUUCGCAAUUUCGCUAUAUCACAGGCAAAUUACGUACUGGGUGACAACACAAUGAAGCUUAGCUACCUGGUGGGAUAUGGGAGCAACUAUCCACAGCAGGUACACCAUAGGGGGGCAUCCAUCCCCGCGGAUGCGAAAACGGGCUGCAAGGGGUUCGAGUACCUCCACUCAUCCAGCCCGAACCCGAAUGUCGCCAUGGGGGCCGUUGUUGGCGGGCCAUUUCAGAAUGACACUUUCGUGGACUUGCGCGACAAUGCGGUGCAGACAGAGUCCAGCACUUACAACAGCGGCACCUUCGUCGGCCUACUGGCUGGCCUGGUCACCACCUCGUCCGUCGCAAAGACAUUCACCUAGAGCUCUUUCUCAAGCAACGACAAUGGUGGCUUUUAUCAACCCGGGAAGCAUAUACAAUUAGAGGAAUGUUUUUUUUUUUUUGGUUCCAAGUGACGGUAAUGCGCAAUCCAGUGAGACCUGUUUCAGAUUUGUUCAUUGGCCGUCACUUAGGUGGGUGAUUAGCAGUAGUCAUUAGUGCCACAUUACUCUUGCUUGUAUAAUACAUAUAUGGUAAUUUUUACCAUGUGGUCAACUCCUAUCUGGUUUGCUGGUGUACCUGUUGUAGCUAUGGGUAUUGUAUUUGUAGGGCAGAUAUCAUUUGUUCAUUCAGAGGUGGUUUUUGGUACGUAGCCCUGAUGAUUGUUCUGUAAUGCCUUACCAAUGGAACAAGCAUAUAUUCACGUGCGUGUGUAAUUUUCUUA